UAGAUACAGUCGCAUCUGUCCGGGGUCCUUAGCACAAGGCUUUGUUUACAUCCACGUCACCAGGAAAUACAUACUUGAAGUGCCAAAAUGCGGAGACAGUCUCAGGACGCUCCGCUCUUUGGGGAAGAGGACGAUGACUUCAGGCCGAGGAGGCUCAAAGUCAGACAUCCACUGGCUUCGUUCUUCCACCUUUUCUUCCGAACAAGUGCCAUCUUGGUCUACUUACUGUGCGAUUUCCUCAGUGGCCGUUUCAUUGCCUCCAUGGUCACCAUCAUCCUCCUGCUGUCCUGUGACUUCUGGACUGUCAAGAACGUAUCUGGCAGGUUGCUGGUGGGCCUUCGGUGGUGGAAUCAAGUGGAUGAAGAUGGAAAGAGCCGCUGGGUAUUUGAGUCGAGGAAGGGAAACGAUCUGAAGAAAACAUCAGGCGCAGAGUCACAGAUUUUCUGGCUUGGACUAAUCGUGUGUCCCAUCUUCUGGGUCAUUUUUGUAUUCAGUACCAUCUUUACAUUCAAGAUUAAAUGGCUGGCUGUAGUAAUCAUGGGCUUGGUUUUACAAUGGGCCAAUGUGUAUGGCUAUGUCAGAUGCAAGGUGGGUGGAACAUCCGACCUGAGAAACGUGGCAAAGAACUAUCUCGGUGUCCAGAUUUUUAACCUGGCACUGAAGAAAUCUGAGGCAUCUUGAAAUUGAAGAGAAAGAGUGACGACUAGCGCUGGAUGGUCACGUGUUUACUCGAUUCCUGUUGAAAAUGGCUGCUCUUUUCUGAGGGUGUACCAAAACUUUUAUUCUAUGUUGUUUCAUCACGUGAUUUAAUAUUAACUUUCCUUAGAAUAUAUAAUACAUUUCAUACAGGUGUUAUGGCUAUGCAGGUAAUUGCAUCAGUGCGGGCUGCAGGGAGACUCAUAUUUUCAUUGAUGUAAGUUAAUUAUGAAAUGUAAAUCACUAUCAUACUUUUACCAGUAAGCUGAGUUUAUUAGUCAUAAUCUCUAAUAGGCUUUAAUUUAUCACAAGUUAAUUAAUGCAAUGUUAAAAUUCCUGAUUCCUGAUGGGAUACGGAUCAAUACAGUGUCCUUUUGUUGUAAAAACUGAGCCACUUUUGGGACUUUUGCUAUGAAUGUACUUUAUACUGUUGUAGGGGAAUAUUGGGGUUAAUAUAUAUGGAUAGUUUUGUUACCUUAUUGUGCCUUCUAUUUAAACCUGGAUAGAGAACAUUAAAGUUAUACUGCUGCUUUAUGUAUGUCGUUUUAAUCAAACUUUAAUGGUUAUGAAUGACAUUGAUAGUGUGUAUAAUAGGGAGAAGUGCAUUUUUUUUUAGCUUAAUGUGAUAUAAAUGUAAUUUAUCAUUUACUCAGGACUCAAUUGUGUUUUUGUUAGUUUGUUUCCAAAAAUCCAAUUAAAUACAACAAUACACUUAAUAAAGAUUAUUUCUGACUGGUCAAUCUUAA